AUGCCUCUGCGCCCAAUCCAAGCGCUUGAAAGCUCAAGCAGGCCAUUCGUCACCUGGAUGCUGCAGCAUGGGCUGCCAACCUUGUGCCGAAGGCUUGCGAUCGACGUGGCAGCGGAUGCAUUCGCGACCCUCGACGAGUCCACGCAAAGUCGACUUGGCCACAUUCACGCGCUUAUCGACCGCCUUGGCGACGACCCCGGCCUGUGGUAUGCCAACUGGCGCCAGGCCGCCACUGCAUCCCGAGAGGUGGUGAAUGCUCUGACAGAGAUACCACUGCAGGUCAAGUCUCCCUCAGACUUCGAGGAGAGACAUGGGCAGCAUGGGCUCCGCUUUGCCGGGGGCCGCUCCCUGCAGGUGACACCUCACAGCUCCGUUGCCGUUGGCCAGUUGAAGGUGCCUCCGAUAGGAGCGGCAGUGGCAAGCGCACGUGAGGCAGCUUUGGCACUGGAGAGCGGGAUCCGGAUGCUCUUCCUGACAGAGGCGGCUGUGUACCUGGUGCACGAAGUGCUACAUGUACUUGACAGCAUUGGGCUCGACCGGCACGAGGUGAUCAUCGUCGGCAGGAUGCAAGCUGCUGAUGUCAAAGGUGUCGCCGCAUCGUUUGUCAUGUCACACUUGGAUGCUGCGGCUCUUGCAUUUCAGGAGGAGUCGCCUGAGGAUGAUGUCGAAGUCUGGCAGCAAUUCGAGGCAUCCAUGCGAGGUGCUGUGAGUGCAGUCGGCGUGAGUGAGAUGCCACCUGAACGAUUGAAGACAUUCCUACUGCGAGGAAGCCGACCAGAGUUUGUGCAGACAACAUUCACGGUCUACGAGCCUGGUGGUCCGGACGAGGCUCGUCGGCAAAGCUCCCAGAUGGAGGAGCUUCUUGCAGCCAGCAUCGUCACGAUGGGCUCCGGACUCUCCCAGGAGGGAGGGUGUGGCUAUCUGCGACCUCUGGAUGAUCCACACAUCUCUGCGGUUGCCUUGCGAGCUAAUCGAAGCUGCGCGCAGGUUAUCGACAGAUGGUUCAUGCAGCUUGGUGGGGUCGUGCUUGUGAAUGCAACGCAGAGGAGCGAGUUCUUGGAGCACGUGGCCUCAUUGGAAUUUGCUUUGGGCGAGGAAGAGAUGAGGAAAAUUAAUGGGCUUAGCAGCCUCGUGGCCUCUUCCCCCGGUCGUCGAGCUCCUGCGUGGUGUGAGGACGUGUAUCACUUGUCCGACUUGCCAUUGGAAGUGUAA